AUUGGAUGAUAUGAGCACUUAUUGGCCAAAUCUCCGCGAUUACAAAUACGUCUCUCAGUAUCGGAGAUAAAUAUGAACUUUUGGAAGUACCAAUGGGAGAGACAUGGAAUGUGUUUUUUGCAUCCUGACAGGCCUUCAUUUUAUUUUCAAGUCGCUAUAAAUCAAUGGAAGAAUCACAAUUUGCUGAACAUGCUAAAUACAGGAGGAGUUCGUCCCAAUAAUCGACAAUAUACACGAUUUCAUAUCGAAAGUAGUAUUGAGAAUCGGUUAAGAGUAGCUGCGCAAAUUGUUUGCAAUAGAGACGUUCAUGGAACUGUACAAUUGAAAGAGAUUAACAUAUGCUUCAUGAAGAAUGCUUCACUUAUGGCAUGUCCACAGUUCUCCAACGCCCAUCGUAACGACCCGAGUAGAAGACGAGAACUGAUAAAGUUCCCUACUCCUUAUCCAACUUCAAGACGAGGGUGAAGCCUGAAUUAGGAGCUUUCUCUUUCUCUCCCUAAUUUCAUCUGGGGAUGAAUAACUUUGCAAUGCCUGUUAACUUUACACUGAAGCCAAGCACUAGCAACAAGCGGGUGGGUUCGAAGCCCAUGUUGUUUGGUCCGCUGUCGUUGUAAGUGAGAGAAUGUGUGCCCAUAAAGAUAGUUAAUCAACAAUAAAAAGAAACAACCGGAAUAAUAACCAUUUCGGUUAUUAACCAUGUUGUGCUAAGAGUUAUCCCAAUCAAAUUAACCAUUUCGGCCAAUACCAAUUUUUCUUUUUUGAUAAGCAACAAUAUAUAUAUAAACCAAAGAAAGCAGAACGAUAGGGUAUCAAAUGGGAUGGCUUAAUAGAAUUGCAAAGAAAGCAGAAGGAAAAAAAACGAAGAGACGCAACCAACAGCUAACAAUAUAACAGGUUACAAUACAUGAAGAAUGACAUAAAAUAAAAAGGAAGGGGAAAAUGGCCUUCAAAGUGGUCAAGGUAGCAGCCAGUGGAGCCGAACAUUAGUGGUAGAGGAGUUGAAGGGAUCAAAUGGAAAACUGAGAAGCUCUGCAUCAAGAGGCAUUGAAUUGGAUUGGCACCAUGCUUGACAACUUGAAAUGGCACCAAGCUUGACAACUUGGCACAAUAGAGAUACAUGAACAUGAAUAGAAGCCAAAAAACCAUGAAAACUAGACCAUACUUGGCAAGCUUGACUGCGAUGGUGGUUGAAGAAGGAACGUUUGAAUAGAAAUAAUUCUAUUGAAAGUAGUUUACAAAUUAACUCUCUCUCUUGCAUUCCCCUUCCUUGUAUCAUUAUUCUCAAAAGGACAUUUAUAUGCCUUAAAAUCUAUAUGUAACAAUAUAUUUCUCCUACUUUUUAUACUUUUUAACAUUCUCUUUCUAAAGACAAAAUCUAUAUCUUGAUUUGGCGUGUCUAUAUGAAUUGGGGUGCUUGGGGACUCGUAUUUCUCUUGGCUUGCACCGUUGAACUACACCCUCUCAUUCAAAUCUCAUCUCCUCCGAGCCCAGUGUGUAGGUAGUCACAAGGGUAUUACGCUAAGUGGAGAUCGAACUCAAGACCUUUCGAGUCCAUACGGUUUGGUCCAAGAGAUUCACCACAAGACUAUCACCCAAGUACGUGGAUUUUAUAGCUCCAUAUAUGCUUCAACUUCUCUAAUACUUAGAAAAAUGGGCAUGCAAAAUAUAUUUCCAAAAAUGCAUUGGAAAUUAAUGAUGGCUAAUGUUUCUGAGCAAAAACAAAAGGAGUUAAUGCAUGAUUAACAUAUGAAUGUUGAGAAGGAAAUGAAACCUUACAUGUAUGGAAAAGAGGACAAAUAAAACAAAUAAAGAUCAGCCAACAAAAAUAUAUACCUAGGUAGGCAUUGACUUCAUCUCUACUUGAUUAGCUGUCGUCGUUGUUUUGUCUUUGUCCCUCUUAUGUGCCUUGCAAACCUUGACAUUGUAAUUCCCUUAACAUUUAGUGUAUAUUGUCUGAA